CCCACGUUCGUGGGGUGAUGGUGACUCAAUCGGUCAUUGUGAAAUAUCGUUGAGAAAUAGAGACAGCUUUUGUAGAUUCGCAGGCAUUGAUAUCGCUUCAAUUGUGUAUGGAGAGUGCAUGAACUACGAGUCCACUCAACCCCACGAUCUUGACGGAUUAUCUUGACAUCAAAACCUACAACGACCCAUCCAACAAAUAACAUACCGAAAAUGUCCAUCCCCGCCCUCUUCUCCCUCGAAGGCAGCACCGCCAUCGUCACCGGCGGCACGCGGGGAAUCGGCCAGGCCAUGGCGUACGCGCUUGCGGAAGCGGGCGCAGACAUUAUUCUGAUUCAGAGAGACGAAUCCAACACCACCACGCGCGACGAGAUCACCACGCGCCUCCACCGCAAAGCCCACAUCCACGUCGCCGAGCUCUCCUCCCGCGACGCCCUCAAACAGAUCAUCCCCGCCGUGACCGCUCAGGGCUUCACGCCCAACAUCCUCCUCAACUGCGCGGGCAUCCAGCGCCGGCAUCCCAGCGAGCAAUUCCCCGAUGAGGAUUGGGAUGAGGUCCUCAACAUAAACCUAACCUCCGUCUUCACCCUCUGCCGCGAAUUCGGCGCCUACCUGCUCGCCCGCGACGCCUCCGAAUUCGGAGCCAGCAACGGCGGUGGCAGCCCCCGCCGCGGCGCCAUCAUCAACGUCGCCUCGCUGCUCACCUUCCAGGGCGGGAUCACCGUGCCGGCCUACGCCGCCUCCAAGGGCGGCGUGGCGCAGCUCACGAAGGCGCUGUCCAACGAGUGGGCCGCCCGCGGCAUCAACGUCAAUGCCAUUGCCCCCGGGUACAUCGCCACGGAUAUGAAUACCGCGCUGAUCAAUGAUGAAGCCCGGAAUGCGGGGAUUAUGGCGCGGAUCCCCGCGGGGCGGUGGGGUAAGCCGGAGGAUUUUAAGGGCGUGGUGGUGUUUUUGGCCAGUGCGGCCAGUGCGUAUGUUUCCGGGGAGGUGGUUACUGUUGAUGGGGGGUGGAUGGGGCGGUAAUCUCAUCAAUUCUUGGGGG